UGGAAGAGUAAAACUCAGCAACAAACUUUAAAAUGAAAAGCCUCCAAACUUUUGAGGAACAAACGGAAUGCAUUGUGAACACUCUACUUACAGACUUCUUGAGUCCAACAUUGCAGGUUGCUAACCGGGAACUAACCUGUAUAGAUGGACCAGAUUCAGGAGAGGCUUGCUCUUUCGACGUGGCUAUCAUUGCUAGUCGCCUUCGGAUGUUGGGUGACCAGUUUAAUGGAGAAUUGGAAGCUUCUGCCAAAAACAUCAUUGCAGGAACCAUUCAGGGGCAGGUAGGACCUAUACUCCAGGAUACAGUGAAAUCUCUCAGCCAGGCAUGGUGUGCUCAAGAUUCUAGCUUAGCUUAUGAGAGAGCCUUUCUGUCAGUUUCAGUGAAACUUCUUGAGUAUGUGGCCCACAUGGCUCCUGAAAUGGCAAGACAGGUGGCUAGCCCCAUGACGGGUAUGAUCAAUGGGAACAGAGCCAUCCGGGAAUUCAUCCAGGGCCAAGGAGGUUGGGAAAAUCUGGAGAGCUGAAGAAGAGGUGGAGCUAUUCCCCAGAGUGAACAUCACUUCCUGGACUGAUUUUGUGAUUGAUUUCU